AUGUGGGCACACAUACAUCCUGCGCGGGAACUUUGGCCAUAUGAAUUUCGCGGUCGCGCCUGGUGGCCCUUCCAAUACUGGCCCGCCAAGGCCUUUACUAUCCGUAUAAAAGCAGUUCACCCGCCCGCAACGACACACUUUGUUACUUUCACACGAGCAGUGCACAUUGACAAAAUGUUCAGGCUCACCGUAUUAGCCUUUGUGAUCGUGGUGGUGACGUGCCAACAGGAAGGGGGCAGACGUGUCCCUAAAUACGCGGGUGAUCCGAAAACAGCCGCCAUCGUGCAAGAAGCGCGUUACCUGAGCGGAAAUGGAGCGUUCGGCGCUGCGUACCAGCAAGAAGAUGGUAUCAACUUCAAGGAGGAAACCGACGCUGACGGCAACAGGAGAGGCAGCUACUCGUACAUCGAUCCCAGUGGACAAAGAAAAACUGUGAAUUACAUCGCGGGAAAGAACGGUUUCCAAGCUGUCGGAGAUCACAUUCCCACUGCGCCCCAAUCUGUUGCACCUACUCCAGGAUACACCCCGGACCCACGCUACAACUCUCCAGACUACAAAUCCCAGCAGUACUCUGCUCCUCAACAGUACACUGCUCCUGCUCCCGCCCGAAACUACGCAGGCAAGCCCAACGAGGAUGACGGACAAUACUACCCCGAGUUGUACGAAAAAGAAAACUACGUAGCACCCCAGCAACAGUAUCAAGCUCAGCCGCAGUAUCAACAAUCCCAAUACCAAGCGCAGCCCCAGCCUCAGUAUCAGCCGCAGCCACAGCUGCAACCCCAGCCUCAAUACCAGGCAAACAACAUUUACCCAGGAGUUCAGCAAGCGCAGUACAGUGGAAUUCAGUCUCAGCAAUACUCUGCGCCGAGUCAAUCCGCCAACCAGUACUACGAGCCUACAACGCCACCACCAAACCGGUUUUUUCCACCCGGUAAAUUCAGUUUGAACCGGGCUCCCGACGGCUACACUUACUCCUUCCACAAAGUUUAAAUCUAAUCUAUUUUGAGGGCCCGGCUGUUUGUAAAGAAAUAAAUAUAAGUAUGCACCUAUUAGCCAUUCGCCGAGUCAUCGGGGCGGUCGGGUGCUCGGUCGCUUCGAAAGCAUUUCAUAGUUGUUGUUUCCUGUGAUAUUGUGUUUUAAUGGACAGGUGUAACUGUCGGACAUUUUUGUUAGAUGUGUAGUGGUGGGGAUGCGGUAUGUCGCGUGCGACGGAGUCAAGCAACUGAACUUGUAAAUAAAUUUAGAUAAGC